GUUACGGACACAACAAUACAAAGCUGCGCUUUGAAAUAUUUCCUGAAGGGCAGAGUAAAGCGUCGCGAAAACGGUGUAUAAAAAGAGAAUCGGACCGACUUCCACUUUUAUUCUCACUUUUAUUUAAAUCCUCCUCCAAGUACCUACCACACAACGAGUUAUUAGUUAUAGUAACGGCAUCGUGAUAUAAUAUCCGACUGCGUGUGAAAGUGGACAAGGUUUUGUUUUAUUUCGACCUUAAGAGAAAGUGAUUUCAACAUUAUGGAUGCACAAGAAUUUAGACAGUUUGGAAAAGCCGCUGUGGAUUACAUUGCUGACUAUAUUGAAACAAUCAGAGACAGACCAGUAUUACCUUCAGUCGAGCCCGGAUACCUAGGCGACCUCCUUCCGAAAGAUCCCCCCAAAACAGGCGAAUCAUGGCAGGAAGUUCUCCAGGAUGUCGACAGGAUAAUUAUGCCAGGACUAACACAUUGGCACUCUCCGAAAUUUCAUGCGUAUUAUCCAACUGCAAAUUCUUUCCCAGCUGUUGUUGGAGAAAUGCUGAGCGCAGGUUUUGGAUGCGUCGGAUUGAGUUGGGUAUCUAGCCCAGCAUAUACAGAGUUGGAAGUGGUAAUGAUGAAUUGGCUGGGAAAAUUACUGAAUUUGCCGGAAGACUUCCUUAAUUGCUCUGAAGGACCGGGAGGAGGAAUUAUACAGGGUUCAGCCAGUGAAGUCACGUUCAUUGGAUUACUAGCAGCGAAGGAGAAGAAAGUUAAAGAUUUAUUGGCCAUCGACCCAGAACUCAAAGAAGCAGACAUCAAGGGAAAGCUAGUAGCAUACACAUCUGAUCAGUCCAACUCAUCCGUAGAAAAAAGUGGUCUUCUGGGAUCAAUGCCAAUGAGACUCCUACCUGCAGAUGAGAAUGGAAAAUUAACAGGGAGCAUCCUUCUGCAAGCAAUUCGUGAGGAUAAAGCAAAGGGGCUGAUUCCUUGUUAUGUGGUGGCAUGUUUAGGAACAACGCCCACAUGUGCAUUUGAUGACUUGACAGAGCUGGGACCAAUCUGCAACAAGGAAGAAAUCUGGCUUCACGUAGAUGCUGCGUAUGCGGGUACUGCAUUUGCUUGUCCGGAGUACCGCUAUUUGAUGGAAGGGGUGGAGUUUGCAGACUCAUUCAAUUUUAAUGCUCACAAAUGGAUGUUAGUUAACUUUGACUGUUCAGCCAUGUGGGUAAAGAAUGCGAAAUAUCUAGUUGAAGCAUUCAAUGUACAGAGGAUAUAUUUGAAAGAUAAUCACAAAGGACUCGCCCCAGAAUAUCGCCACUGGCAAAUAUCGCUGGGAAGGAGAUUCAGGGCUUUGAAACUGUGGUUUGUACUCAAAAUUUAUGGAGUGGACGGUAUCCAGAAACAUGUCCGCCACCAAAUAGGUCUAGCCAAAUAUUUUGAGGAGCUUGUGGAACAGGAUAGUCGUUUUGAAGUUUGUACUUCAAGCAUGGGACUAGUGACAUUCAGGUUGAAAGGAGACGACAGAUUGACCGAAACUCUUCUUGCGAAGGUGGACCAAAGGAAGAACAUAUUCGUCAUAGCGGGACACUUCAAUAAAAAGUUUGUCAUUAGAUUUGCUAUUUGUAGUCGACUGACUGAAAAAUGCGACGUUGAUUACUCAUGGAAAGAGCUGCAGACUCAGGCUGAUGAAAUUGUCGCGCCUAAGCUUGAAUUGAAUACAGAAAUGAUCAUCAAGAAAGGUCUCGCCGCCAUCAAGUUGUCUGAUGCAGCUACUGAGACCCUGCGAACCGAAAGAUCGAAAUGAGCUCUUAGUUAGGUUGAUCACAAAGAAAAAAUGCAUUUAUUUAUUGUUAAGGCGUUCUUGAUUCGAGAAAUAUAUUUUAUUUUUACAAUUUUA